UGGACGCCACAAGCAUCCGCUCCACUUUUCAGGAAUCAACCAGGAUGUUUUCAGGAUACGCGCAAAGUAUAAACGGAAACAUUUAAAUUAUAUUUUUAAACCAAAUAAUGAAAAUGUGAGGAUUUGGGGUGUGGCGCUUUAGGAGGACAAUAAUCGAGAGCGGGUGGAGAUAUUUUACUUGAAGAGAGAAAAACGAGGAAAGGUCAUGCAGCACUACGGGGUAAACGGCUACUCCCUGCACGCCAUGAACUCCCUCAGCGCCAUGUAUAACCUCCACCAGCAGGCGGCGCAGCAAGCCCAGCAUGCCCCCGACUACCGGCCGUCAGUGCAUGCCCUCACGCUGGCCGAAAGACUGGCUGACAUCAUCCUGGAGGCCCGCUACGGCUCCCAGCACCGAAAGCAGCGACGCAGCAGGACGGCCUUUACGGCUCAACAGCUGGAAGCUCUGGAGAAGACCUUCCAGAAGACGCACUACCCGGAUGUUGUCAUGCGGGAGCGUCUGGCCAUGUGCACCAACCUGCCCGAGGCCCGAGUGCAGGUAUGGUUCAAGAACCGGCGAGCCAAGUUUCGCAAAAAGCAGCGCAGCCUGCAGAAGGAGCAGCUCCAGAAGCAGAAGGAGGCGUCAGGAACUACCGAGGCCUCCACCGAGGACACCAAGGCCGAGUUGACGCCCGCCGCCGACACCCACGCUACCCCGCCGCCACCCUCUUCCGCCUCCUCCUGCCACUCCGAGUCAGACAGGCUGCCGGUGGCGGUGGUAAGGUCUCAAGAACCCGGCGAGACGAGCGUGGAGGUGAACGUCACCUCCCCCGAGCCAUCGGACGGCGAGUCGGCGGCAGAGGACAACGCGGACGCGGAGGAGGACAGAGUGAGGGGGGAAGCGAGGGGAAGGAACAGGGAGGAGGCGCGAGGGCAUGGGGAGACCCACCCCGGUGGCAGCUCGCCGUCCUACAAGCAACUCAGCCCGACAUCAGACUCCCCCCUGAGCUCACCCGCCCUGCCGUCCUCCAGCAGCAUGCCGAGCGGUCCGGCCCAAAGCAACUCGUACGCCUCGUCACCUCUCAGCCUCUUCCGGCUGCAGGAGCAAUUCCGCCAACACAUGGCGGCCACCAACAACCUGGUACACUACCCGUCCUUCGACAUGAGCGCGCCGUCCUCGCUGCCCUACUUGGGCAUGAACGUCAACAUGUCGUCCCCGCUGGGCUCGCUGCCCUGCCAGUCUUACUACCAGACGCUGUCUCAAGCACAACAAGUGUGGAACAGCCCGCUGCUGCCGGGGGCAUCGGGCGGCCUUCCGGGAAGCCUCAAUAGCAAGACCACCAGUAUCGAGAAUCUCCGGCUGAGGGCCAAGCAGCAUGCGGCCUCGCUGGGAUUGGACACGCUCCCCAACUGAAGGCGCUUCGAUGCCAAGUGCGUUCGCCCUCUGUGUUUGCCCUUCGAUCCGAGCGUGGGGGACUCCCCCCGCGGCCCACCACCACACGCAACCUCUCGCCUGCACACAAAAACUCUACACGGCUUUCAGAUGCUACCUUGAUUUGAACUUUCCAUCUGGCUUCAUUCUUUUAAAAGGCCUCCGUCAUGAGCAUGUGUGUGCCGGGAACAAAAAAAGAGAACUAAAAAAAAAAAAAAGAAAAAAAAAAAAAAAACGAAGAUGAAUCCACUGAACUGUAGUGCAGUGAACCCCUGCUAUCUGUGUGGGAUGGAGGCCGAACCCUGCCGCGAAUAGCAAAAAUCCACAAUUGAUGCCAAAAAAAUGGUUGUAAUUGUUUGUAUAUGCCACAAGAGGGCCGUUCAAACUCCAGUCACUUGAGUAUACUUCCCUGGCUACACGAUGAUCCAGAAUAGGUGAAUUUUUCCAGCAAAUAAAUAGGCAAUAGUUUCCGGAAAAGAAUUUAAAAAAAAAAAAAAAAAAAAAAAAAGGUGAAUAGUGAAUAAGUGGGGGUUCACUGUACUCUCUGCUUGUGGAUAUUGUUGUGUUUCCGAUUCUACUUUUGCUACAGAAUGAAAUACUCUCUUAUAAGCCAGAAGUAUGCAUGCAAACAUCGCACUGAAGCAAGGCUUACAGGUGGACCGUUGCAGUUUGAAAAAAACAGAUACAAAUUGGUCACAAUAAUCCAAAGUAAUUCCGAAAAGUGUUUGUUGACAUUAUUUUUUGGGCUUGAACUUCAGAUAAAAAUGAUUGACAUCAUUCAUAACAGUAAGGAAAAAAACUUCUUUUUUUUUUUGCCCAAGGGCUCCAUCAAUUGAUGUAAAGUGUAGAUUGAUAAUUUUUUUUUUUUAAAAAUCAUAUAUACAGUAAUCCGCACCUCUCACAAACAGUGAAAAAAAAUCACAACUAAUUGAUGACCCUCCCUAAUAUAAUUCAUAUAGUAAUCAUUUAAACAAACUAUGUUUAUAUCUUUUCAACUUAUCUUAUGAGAUUACCCUUUAAAAUAUGGCUUCCAGAUGACUUGGUUUAUUAAAAAAAAAAAAAAGUACCUGAAGUGGCCAACUGCAUGCGACAAAGACUCUCUGUAACAACCCAGGCUAAACUUAGCUCCCUGACAUACAAAGCUUGUCUCUUAGUCAAGAUGUACCACUUCGACAUACCCUUCUUGAAGUCAAGCAAUGAAAGUAUGUGCUAAAAGACUAAAAAUAGAAAGUCAUCUGUGUCGUGAUCCAAAAUCUUGAAAUAAGCACCGUCUUAUUUGAGCAAACUGCAAACAUGAGCAUCAAUGUAAGCGCAAUGUGCCAAGUGUCCUGGCUGGUCCACCAAAAUUUUACACCACA